AUGUCUCAACUUUAUCGUACAAAUUCAGGACAAAUUCCUAAUAACCAACAAGAAAUUUUUGAUACUUUAUCUGAAGAUGAAGAAAUUCAUUUCGAAGUUUUUGGAAACUUUAAUUCAAAACAAAAAAGAGAAUUCAAAGAGGAAAUUGAUUCUAUUGAUUACAGAAGACGUGAAAUGAAG